UUUAAAAAUAAAAAUUAAAGACCCAUUCCAGGUUUCAGUUGAUUUUUAUUUGGUAAUGGAGUUAUAGGAACACGUGUUUUUAUUUUCAGUAAAUUUAUUAUUUAAAAUUAUGGGAAAAGCGAAAAAAGUUCGAGUAUCUAAAGGUGAUAACAUUCCUAAAAAAGUACCUCUAGCAGAUCAAAUAGAAGGAGAUGGUAUUGUUAAAUCUAAACAACGUAAUAAAUUACGUUAUCGUGCUAGUGAUGAUGAGGAAUUUGUUGAUUCAAAAGUAUCGAGUAAAGUCAUUAAUCUGACAAAUAAACAACGUAAGGAAGAAGAAGAAGGUGAAGAUGGAGAAAGUUCAUCACACAGAAAGUUUACUCCUAAGCUGAGUCUUGGAAUUAAUGAAGAUGAAGAAGAUGAAAUGCCAAGUGAUGAUGAACAAGUUACGGGAAAUGAGUUCUAUGAAAAUAUUGAAAUUAACGAAGCGGACGAAAGAGCCUUGGAAAUGUUUAUGGACCGUGGCCGAGCACCAACAAGAACACUCGCUGACAUUAUAAUGGAAAAAUUAGACGAGAAGAAAACAGAAAUCCAGACCCAGUUAUCUGACGUUGGUUCUGUGCAGAUGGAAGAAAUAAAUCCGGUGGUAAAGUCAGCUUUUGAAGGAGUAAAAGAUAUUUUGUCCAAGUACAGAAGCGGUCCGCUUCCAAAAAUAUUUAAAUUCAUACCGUCUUUAAAAAACUGGGAGCAAAUUCUUUACAUAACCGACCCGCCUGGCUGGACAGCUGCUGCUAUGUACCAAGCAACGCGUAUUUUUGCUUCUAAUCUCAAAGAAAACAUGGCCCAGAGAUUUUACAAUCUAGUUCUGCUUCCACGUAUACGUGAUGAUUUAGCAGAAUACAAACGAUUGAACUUCCACUUGUAUCAAGCGGUAAGGAAAGCUUUGUAUAAACCCAGAGGGUUUAUGAAAGGUUUCCUUCUCCCUUUACUCGAGUCAGGUGACUGUACUCUGAGAGAAGCCAUUAUCAUUGGUUCAAUAAUUGGUAAAAAUUCGAUCCCCAUGUACGAAUCAUCAGCAGCUUUGUUGAAAAUUGCUGAAAUGGGUUACACCGGAGCCAACAGUAUUUUUAUUAGGAUAUUUUUGGAUAAAAAAUACGCACUACCUUAUCGUGUUGUUGAUGGUGUCGUUUUCCAUUUCCUCAGAAUGGAAAGAGAAACACGAGAAUUACCAGUCUUGUGGCAUCAAUCACUUCUGACAUUUGUCCAGCGUUACAAAAGUGACAUAAGUUCAGAACAGAAAGAAGCGUUACUGGAGUUGCUUAAAAAACAAUACCAUCAUACAUUGACAGCUGAAAUACGACGUGAGUUACAGCACGCGAAAUGCCGCGACGUCGAAGGCAUAGAACCCAUGGAGGCGUAAAUUAUUAAACUUUAUUUUGUAUCUUUAAAUGUAUCAAUAUCUCAUUGUUAAUAAAAAAAAUGAUUAAUGAAUAAGA